AUGGUCGACGAAGUUCAUAAAGCCUGUCAGGGCGCCGCGAGUCGGUUUCGGCACCACCUAUGGACUCGGAAUGAUGCGGUCCCCCUACGUGGCCAUGCGGUUUCAACCUGUUCAGCCCAAAUUGGGCCGCUACAGCUACAGCACCCGCAUCCGCCUCGCCGGCGCGGCACCCUCGGCGCCGUCCCAAGUGCGGAAAGUGAACCUGCCGACAUGGACAUGGAGCCGGAUGUCUAUGUCGACGGAGAGAGCUCUCUUCUUUGGCAAAGCCCUGAACGAGAGUUCAAAGCAGCCAAAGUGCUCCGACAGAACUCAAAGGAGAGGCGUUGCUCUGAGGAGCAGCUGAAGGAGUUCAAGCAGCGCUUCAACUACGACGCAGGUGCUACAGAGCUGGCCUACCAGCAUCCAACGAGCAAGAUGACCGCUGCCUACAUCAUAACCUCCCAAGGGGGAGACCACAAUGGUGCCUUCAAAGGACUCGAUGGCGGCGAUUCUGCAAGCGGCUUCUGGAACAUGUGCUAUCGUCUUCUACAGAUGAGUGCGCAUUACAACGUGGUCUACCGCAGGGUGAACUCCGUGAAGGAAGCGACCCAGUUUGUAGAGUCUGUCAAAGGCGAUGCCAAGCUUGGCCAGGCUUUCAAGCAUGUGACCAUCAGCGGUCAUGGAAAUCCCGGCGAACUGGUGUUGGGAAAGCAGAGGCUUCGCUCAGGGGAAAUCGGCGCUGAGAAGAGCCACACAGAGACCGCCAGAUUUCUUCAGGCCUUGAAGCCGGUCCUGAUUCACACAGGCGAUGCAAGAUCAACAGUGUUCUUAGACUCUUGCUCCACUGGCCAGAUGCAAGGGCGAAAAUCCCCGCCCCUGGCGCAGUGCGUUGCUGAAGCUCUUCCUGGUGUGGAGGUCCACGCUUUCAACGACAUCAUGUACCCAGGGACCGUGAAGCUGCAAGGGGACUUCCUUCGCAGCGCGCAGUUUCAGUCGGAGAGCGAGAAGAAAGGGGGAUCGACGUAUACGCCCACCACGUUCAUGGCGAAGGAGCAGGCUCCGAGUUCUGCAGCGCUGCAUUCUGCAGUGCUGCUCCAACGUAGCAACCGGUCCGAGGAUGCAACACCCGAUUUCGAGUUCUUCGAUGGCAUGGCCUUUAUGGCCAACAUAGAGAUGUGUGCCGACUGGUGUGCGUUGAUGGAGGAGUGUCACAGCUUCGAGUUCAUAGAGAUGGAGGACGAGCAACUGUCGCCUUUUGGCCAGUGUGUGCUGCAUGCUGCAGCUGACGAUACAGCUGCCGACGAGCCUAUCGAAAAUCUGUUUAGCCACGACAUCGGGAAGGACUCCGACAUGUUCCGAUUGGAGCGAUGGUGA